GGCAGCAGGAGCAGAGAGCAGCCAUUGCUGUGUCUGGCAGCAGUAGUGAAGAAGACAUCUGGUGAGUGUGAGACACCCAACAGCCAUCCUCGAAUGUCAGGUGGACUAAGCAGGACCCACGGCCCCAUCACGGUGCCUCCACCUCACUCACUGAUACAUGAGAGACACAGUGACCAGCAGAUCCUGGAAUUCACCAACAAGAUCAUUCAGCUGCUGACUGGAGAGGUUCCUAUAAGGUGUCAGGAUGUUACUGUCUAUGUCUCCAUGCAGGAGGGGGAGUAUAUAGAGGAACACAGGGGUCUGUACAAGGACGUGAUGAUGGAGAAUCACCGGCCCCUCACAUCACUGGGUAAAAGGAGACUGUCAUGUAUUGUACAGGGGAGAGCAGAUGGGCCCAGUAACAGAGAUACCCCAGAGAGAUGUCCCCGUCCUCUGUAUUCCCAGGACUGUACAGAGGAGAAUCACAGGACCCCACAGGAGGAUCAGGUAGAACAUCUGUCUGAUAUAAAGGAAGAAGAUAUAGGCGGAGAAGAAGAGACGUAUGUGACUGAUAUAAAGGCAGAAGAUACAGAGGGAGAAGAAGAGACGUAUGUGACUGAUAUAAAGGCAGAAGAUAUAGAGGGAGAAGAAGAGACGUAUGUGACUGAUAUGAAGGCAGAAGAUAUAGAGGGAGAAAAAGAGACGUAUGUGUCUGAUAUAAAGGCAGAAGAUAUAGAGGGAGAAGAAGAGACGUAUGUGACUGAUAUAAAGGCAGAAGAUACAGAGGGAGAAGUAGAGACGUAUGUGACUGAUAUAAAGGCAGAAGAUAUAGAGGGAGAAGAAGAGACGUAUGUGACUGAUAUAAAGGCAGAAGAUACAGAGGGAGAAGAAGAGACGUAUGUGAUUGAUAUGAAGGCAGAAGAUAUAGAGGGAGAAGAAGAGACGUAUGUGACUGAUAUAAAGGCAGAAGAUACAGAGGGAGAAAAAGAGACGUAUGUGUCUGAUAUAAAGGCAGAAGAUAUAGAGGGAGAAGAAGAGACGUAUGUGACUGAUAUAAAGGCAGAAGAUAUAGAGGGAGAAGAAGAGACGUAUGUGACUGAUAUAAAGGCAGAAGAUACAGAGGGAGAAGAAGAGACGUAUGUGACUGAUAUGAAGGCAGAAGAUAUAGAGGGAGAAGAAGAGACGUAUGUGAGGGGUGAUCAGCAGUGUAAGGAGGAGGAAAUCCCUACAGAUAUCAGCACAGAUGGACACACAAGCAGGAAUAUCUCAGAAGGACAUCUAAUGUUAUCCCCGGAUUGUGACAUAAAAGAUAAUGACAGUAGACAGUAUUCUCCAGGAGAUAAUCCCAUUACCCCAAUUAUACAUCCAGCUCUAUCAGCUGAUCCCUCUGAUCCUGGGAAAUGUUCUCCUGAUCACUCUGAUAUUGGUGCAUCUGUUACAGCUCUGAGAGUAAAUACAGAGUUUCCGUGUUCUAUAGAUGCCAAAUAUGUUACACAGAACACAAAGAUUAUUACCCAUCAUCCAGCUAAGGCAGGUGAGAGGUCACUGAUAUGUUCUGAGUGUGGGAAAUGUUUUACAGACAAAUCGGCUCUUAUUACACAUCAGGGAAAUCACACAGGUGUGAAGCCAUUUUCAUGUUCUGAGUGUGGGAAAUGUUUUGCAUAUAAAUCAGGUCUUAUUACACAUCAGAGAAAUCACACAGGUGUGAAGCCAUUUUCAUGUUCUGAGUGUGGGAAAUGUUUUGCAUUCAAAUCAGAUCUUCUUAGACAUCAGAGAAGUCACACAGGUGAGAAGCCAUUUUCUUGCUCUGAGUGCGGGAAAUGUUUUGCACGGAAAUCACAACUUGUUACACAUCAGCGAAGUCACACAGGUGAGAAUCCAUUUUCAUGUUCUGAGUGUGGGAAAUGUUUUACAUGCAACUCAUAUCUUGUUAUACAUAAGAGAAGUCACACAGGUGAGAGGCCAUUUCCAUGUUCUGAGUGUGAGAAAGGUUUUGCACGGAAAUCACAUCUUCUUACACAUCAGAGAAGUCACACAGGUGAGAAUCCAUUUUCUUGCUCUGAGUGUGGUAAAUGUUUUGUAAGUAAUUCACAUCUUGUUAUACAUCAGAGAGGUCACACAGGUGAGAAGCCAUUUUCUUGCUCUGAGUGUGCGAAAUGUUUUGCACGGAAACCAGAUCUUACUACACAUCAGCGAACUCACACAGGUGAGAAGCCAUUUCCAUGUUCUGAGUGUGGGAAAUGUUUUGCACUCAAAUCAGAUCUUAUUAAACAUGAGAGAAGUCAUACAGGUGAGAAGCCAUUUUCUUGCUUUGAGUGUGGGAAAUGUUUUACACAGAAAUCACAACUUGUUAGACAUCAGCGAAGUCACACAGGUGAGAAACCAUUUCUAUGUUCUGAGUGUGGGAAAUGUUUUGCACACAAAUCAGUUCUUAUUAAACAUGAGAGAAGCCACACAAGUGAGAACUCAUUUCCAUGUUCUGAGUGUGGGAAAUGUUUUCCAUACAAAUCAUCUCUUGUUAUACAUGAGAAGUCACACAUGUGACUUCCCUCAUGUCAUGCUCUGAGUGGGGAAAAUGUAUUACACACAAAUCACAUCUUGUUACACAUCAGCGAAGUCACACAGGUGAGAAGCCAUUUCCAUGUUCUGAGUGUGGGAAAUGUUUUGCACACAAAUCACAUCUUGUUACACAUGAGAGAAGUUACACACGUGAGAGGCCAUUUCCAUACUCUGAGAAAUAAAUCAGCUCUUGUUGCACACAAUAGAUAUCACUCAGGUGAGAAACCAUUUUAAUCUUCUGGAGUAUACUUAUCACUGCCAUGUGUUGUUCUUCAAGGUUCUUAUCCUAUCUCCUAUGCUUUUUGCAAUAUACAUGCUGCCGCAGGGUGAAACAGACUAAAAAGGAAUUUUCAGGCGCUAAUAUUAAUACAUAAAAAUGACUAUAUCUCUAGAUUAUUUUAGUAGCAGCAAUUAGCCCAGUCGUGUCUGUGUGAACACUGAUUUUCAACGUAGCAGCUCAAAGGUCCAAUUCAGCGGAUCUCUAGCUUCCCAUGUAUGCAAAAGAAAUGAAUGGGGAUAUUGCGCUGAUUUACAUUACUGUUACCAAGUGAUACAUUCUAGCUGGAUGGAGAUGCAACACUUUAAGGUGAAAAAUUAAUAUCUCCAUUUUUGUUUUCCACAUAAAAAAUUAUUUUAAACACAAUGGUCACACGUAAAUAUAAAAAGCAAAUAGAAUGACAUUUACAAGCAGCCAAUGGAAAAGUGCGGUAUAUCUGAUGAAUUGCAUGUAUCCUGUCUGGAUGUGAUCACCUCCUGGCUCUCUCUCUCCUGAGCCGGAGGUGUUUGAGUAGCGGCUCUGUUCCUCUGCUAUAGGACGGGCCACUACUUUGCGGCAGCCAGUGUAGUCUUACCAUAGGCGGUGCUGCUGGAAUGCAGAGGGGAUGAUUCCCUUUUGGUGGUCCACGUCUCAUGCUGGAGGGGUCACUUGCCUCUAAUAGUAUAGGUGUGGAUGCCUCUGGACGUCCUCAGACUGAGCUGGAUGAUAGGAAUAAACCUCAACCGGUUUCGCACCUCAGGGUGCUUUCUGAAAGAGUCUUGCUUAAACAUAAUUCAUUAGAUAUACGGUACUUUUACAUUGGGUGCUUCUACAUGUGAUUCUAUUUACUUGUUUUUAUAUACAGGUUGAGUAUCCCAUAUCCAAAUAUUCCGAAAUACGGACUUUUUUGAGUGAGAGCGAGAUAGUGAAACCUUUGUUUUCUGUUGCUCAAUGUACUCACACUUUGUUUAAUACACAAAUUUAUUAAAAAUAUUGUAUUAAAUGACCUUCAGGCUGUGUGUGUAAGGAGUAUAUGAAACAUAAAUGAUUUGUGUGAAUGUACACACACUUUGUUUCAUGCACAAAGUUAUGAAAAAUAUUGUCUAAAAUUACCUACAGGCUGUGUAUAAGGUGUAUAUGAAACAUAAAUGCAUUUUGUGCUUAGAUUUAGGUCCCAUCACCAUAAUAUCUCAUUAUAAUAUGCAAUUAUUCCAAAAUACGGAAAAAAAUCCCAUAUCCAAAAUACCUCUGGUCCCAAGCAUUUUGGAUAAGGGAUACUCAACCUGUAUAUAUAUGUGUGUGACCAUUGUGUUGAAAAUAAUUUUUUAUGUGGAAAACAAAAAAUGUAAAAAUUAAGAUAUUGAUUGUUCAUCUUAAAGUGUUGCAUCUUCAUUCAGCCAGAAUUUAUUGAUUGGUAACAGGAAUUUAAAUCGGCACAAUAGCCGCAUCAAUUUCUUUUGAUAUAAUCAGCUGUCAUGUCCUCAUCUACCACUGCUAUGCAGAUGACCUGUCUCUUGCUCUGGGUACUGAGAACCCAGUACCAAUCCUAAAUGGUUGCUGAGCUCCAGGUGUUGGUGAUGCCAGUUGCUGUCAAUAGUGGAGAAAGGGUGGCUGGCAGUAUUGGUGGUGGCAGUAGUGGGGGGAGACAGGGCGGUCGGCAGUGUGGGGAGACAGGGCAGUAGUGAGGGGAGACAGCGCGGGUGGCAGUAGUG